CAGAUGCUGGGUUCUCAGCCAGUUUGAUUAAAAUACCGACUUUAUGAUUACACCAGCAAGAGUUCUUCAGAAUGAAUUACCUGGUGGUAUUCCUCAUACUUUCCUUCUCGGACAUGGCGAUCGCCGAAAAUUCAGUAAUUGAAUUUCACAUCGAACGCAACCAUGACAAGAAACCUUGCACAUAUUUCGAAAAUAAAAGAUUUGCGGUAGAAGUUGAGGGACUUAUAAACUGUACAUGGUAUGCCCCCAAAGCUUGCUGUAAGCGUACGGAGGUUACCUCUGUGUUCUCUGGAAUGCCACCUUUAUACGGAGCUUCCCGGGACUGCACCAAUCACCUCAACUACAUGAUGUGUUACUUCUGUGCCCCAGACCAAGUACAUUGGUAUCACAAAGAUGAAGAAAAAAAAGUUCAUGUUUGCACGGACUUUUGCAAAUCAGUUUAUCACCACUGUCAAGGAGCUUUUUACGAUGGAAAAAGAAUAGGUGCUCUAUAUCAGAAUGGAACAUCAUUCUGCGAGGCCCAGAGCUUCCAAGUGAUUGAUGGGAAACAGAACUGCUUCAAGUUUGACCCCAAUGUCUUUGACAAAGCCAACAAGAUUACGUGUACUGUUUCUUUGGUUAUAGUGUUUAAUUUUCUUUCACUAAGAUAUCUAUAAAAGUAGUUCCAGUUUUUCAAAAAGUUUUUGUUUUACACGAGUAGAUUUGUGGUUGGAACCUGAAAUGUACAAGUUUCAAUACCUUUACAAAGUAUUGAUUUAAUACUCGUGUAUAAAAAUCAGGGAUGCAUAAUUCAAUUAUGUUUUUUAAAAUUAA